GUUAGUCAGUUGCUGUUCCCUUAGAAAGAGGAAGCUACAGAGAGCGUGCUCAGCUGUGCACUGGAGCUGCCCGGGAACAUGGCGGCGGCGGCGGAGACGGCUUCCCUUGCACACUUGCACAACAACAGCAGCAGUGGUGGCGCCGGCGGGGCCCCGGGGUCGCUGUCAACUGGGGGUGCAGUGCCGGUGCUCUUCUGCUUCUCUGUGUUUGCCCGGCCCUCCACCGUGCCGCAUGGCGCGGGCCACGAACUGCUUAUCCAGAAGUUCCUGAGCCUUUACGGCGACCAGAUAGACAUGCACCGCAAAUUUGUGGUGCAGCUCUUUGCCGAAGAGUGGGGCCAGUAUGUAGACCUGCCCAAGGGCUUCCUGGUGAGCGAACGCUGCAAAGUUCGUCUGGUUCCCUUGCAGAUCCAGCUCACCACAUUGGGAAAUCUUACACCUUCAAGCACUGUGUUUUUUUGCUGUGAUAUGCAAGAAAGAUUCAGACCAGCCAUCAAGUAUUUUGGUGAUAUCAUUAGUGUAGGACAAAGAUUGGGGCAACGGAUUUUAGGAAUUCCAGUUAUUGUAACAGAACAAUACCCCAAAGGUCUUGGCAGUAUACAAGAAAUUGAUUUAACAGGUGUUAAACUUGUACUUCCGAAGACUAAAUUUUCAAUGGUAAUACCAGAAGUAGAAGCUGCAUUAGCAGAAAUUCCUGGAGUCCGUAGUGUUGUCUUGUUUGGAGUAGAAACUCAUGUGUGCAUUCAGCAAACAGCUCUGAAUUGGUUGGCCGAGGUGUUGAAGUUCACAUUAGUAGCUGAUGCCACUUCAUCAAGAAGCAUGAUGGACAGAUUUCUUUCUCUGGAGCGUCUUGCUCGUACUGGAAUAAUAGUUACUACAAGUGAAGCGGUGCUGUUACAGCUGGUAGCUGACAAGGAUCAUCCAAAAUUCAAGGAAAUACAGAACCUAAUUAAAGCAAGUGCCCCAGAAUCUGGUCUACUUUCCAAAGUGUAGGUUUUAAAUGAUUGGUUAUUAAUCCAUCUUAAAUAAGAACAAAAUCAUAAAUAUAGAUGUGCUGUCUUUUCACAUGUACUUCAA